GUUGUCCAGCAGUCAGCUUGAUGCAUUUCGCAUCUUCAUGUUAGUUGCUCAAGCUACCUGGAGGCGUCGAUCUGUGGUUUCACGAUUCCAGAGCCAACUUUCUUACGUUCUACUCUUUGGAACAGAGGCCCAUGAAAGCAGCACGAAAGAACUGCUGGUGAAACCUGUGGAGCCUGGUCCGGAGGAUUGCUGCCAGAACGGCUGCCAGAAUUGCGUGUGGGAGGUGUACAGGCGGGACCUAGCUGUGUACAACCAGCAGCUGGCUGUGCAGGAGGGCAGACCGCCACCGCCAGUUGUGCUCGAUCCAUUUGCAGAGCUUGAGCGGAAGAUCCAAAUGGAAAAGGAGGCUCGGGAACAGACGCGGGAUAGAGGUGCUGGUUGAUGACCACUGUAGGGCAGCUGCAGAGAGUCAUGUGCAUACUCUGCCGCAGUGGUGCCCUCACUUCAAUUUCUUCUCGGGACCUGUAGCUGCAGCACUGUCUGUCAGCAUGCAGGGCAUGCAGGGUGCUUUGCUAAGGUCCUGAGCCACAUGGUAAAUUCAAAGGACAGACCAUCAUAUAUAUUUUGCAUUGAAAGCUUCAACAACAGCCGCUCGAGCUGGAGCUCCAGACAAGUUUCUGUCUGAGUGUUGCUACAGCUGUACUGGCUACCAAGCUACAAUUGCAGCUUUGCUUGUCAGCUUAAGUCUGAUCUGACUGUCGCGCUUAAAGACCUAUAAUGUUCAUUAGGUGUAGGGCAAGUUACGCUGUACAUUACAACAAAUUGAAAACAGAUGUACAUGUGCUGAUGCAAGCCUUGAUGUCCAAGGUGCACGUGCAUGCAACAAUACUGGAUGACUCCGGUGGUACGUUGUGUGUGCCCAUGACAUUCAACAGUGCAUCAGGCUGACAUUCAGAUCUCAGAGUGAACACUGCUUGGAGCAUAGGAUUAGGAGAGUUAUGAGCGUAUAAAGGUAUUUACCAUGGGUGCUGGCCAUUUGCAACAAUUGUUGCUGCUCACCUCACCGGUACCCAGGACUUCUUGAAGGUGUUACCCGCAAGCUUAGUAAUUUUAAGGAUCCGAA